AUGAAUUACUCGCAUACUCUUGCGCCUUAUGGGACAUCAAAUCUGUUUUACUUUAACGUUAUACUGGGCUACAUAAAACCUUUGUACAUUGUGUCACAUGUUUACAAGGAGCAUCAAUCCAGUAAAGGAGAGAUGGACAACAAGGACAGAGCUGUCAGUGUUUCUGUCCUGGAAGGCAUGGGCUUCAGGGUGGGACAAGGACUCAUUGAGAGAUUGACCAGGGACUCUCCCAGCUUUAAGGAUGAGUUGGAUAUAAUGAAGUUCGUCUGUAAAGACUUCUGGACAAAAGUGUUCAGAAGACAAAUUGACAACCUCAGAACCAACCACCAGGGUACCUAUGUUCUGCAGGAUAACAAGUUUGCUCUGCUGACUCAGCUUUCUAGUGGAAAGCAAUACCUCGAUCAGGCUCCUAAGUACCUGGCUUUUUCAUGUGGUGUGGUGAGAGGAGCUUUGUCUAACCUUGGUCUGGACAGCGUGGUGACAGCUGAGGUCUCUGUCAUGCCAUCCUGUAAGUUCCAGGUAGUAAUCCAGAAGCUGUGACCUGAUGCUCACUGGUGCCCUGGUGCUGACGACCAGGGCCCUAUGGGGUUAAUCCUAAAGAGAGGAUGGUAGUUGCCAUCCUCCCACUGAGCAGGCCAGCCACAGAGGGAAUUGGACACCACUCUGAUUUCCACAACAAGGUCAGACAGGACUAGCCAGGUUGUGCUGACAACAAGGAACCCCUGACAGUGCAGACGGUGACUCUGGUACAGAAAAAGAUUUGUUUUAUUCCUUUUGAAUCUCCUUUUUGAUGGUUUGUUUCCCAUUUGAGCUAAAAUGAGCAUCAUAUUCUCAACUUUAAUAAAAAAAAAAAAAAAAGUGGCACCUGGUCCUGACUGACCUGUCUUGGCUGAGCUUUGAAAAGAGAUGCUGACUGUCAGAGCCUGUAAAUUCCACAUGUAAAGUAAAUCACAAAUGAAUUGUAAUGUGUUGCAAUGUUGGUUCCUUGUUAAGAAAUAAUUGUAAAUAAAAACAUUAAAAAAAAAACAAGGCAGAAUUUG